CCGAUGCUGUUAAGAGCGAGAGGGCCUGGAGGAGGUGGGGAGUGGAGACGAAGGUGUCCCCGGUCUCUGGCGCCGGAGGGGGCGGGGGAAAGAAGUGCAAAGGGGUGUCCCGAGCGCUGGCUCUGAAACCUGAGGCAGGUUUUGCUUUGCCUUCCUGUGAGCCCCAACUGUGCAUGGUAGGGUUUGUCCCCGGCGUCAAAGGCAGGAACAGCCGAGCCCCUAGACGCUGAGAGCCCAGGAGUGGGCGUUUCACUUUUCCUGCGUCUGGGAAGCCCCUGAGGCUAUGCCCUUUGACCUUUGACAUGUGUGCAGCUUCUGCUUCUCCAGGUUGCUCUGUCUCUUGGAAUACAGUGGAAUCAUGACAAUUUAACAACUUCAUAAAAUCAGAACAGCAUCAAACAUCUGAGCUGAAGACACUGAAACUUUACAGGUGAAGUUCCUCACCUGAGGUCACAGAACUAGUAACCUGGAGAAUCAGUAUUCAAAGCCAGGUUUGGCUGAUCAGAACCUGAAUAUACCGAUCAUCUGGUGUUCUGUACGAAAACUGGGAUGAGAAGCACCAAGUAUAAACCAGUAGACUACCAACACUUGCGUGCAUUAACUGAAGCACAAAAAUUAGCUUCUGCAUGUACAGAGCUAAAGAUCAGAAAAGCAGUGCAGACUUCAAAGAUAUCUAAAGAACAAACACUAAUAAAACAACACAAGCAAGUGUGGUGGCAGGAACACCAGAGGCUAAACGAAGUCAGAUAUAAAAUGGAAUCUGAAAUAAAAUCCUUUCUCAAUGAAGAGAACAUUGGAAAUGAAUGCCUUUGUGACCUUAUGAAUUUUGAACAAGAAUUAUCAGAGCAAUGGUGCACAUAUCUUAAAAAUGUGAUAAAUCCUAUUCAGCAGUUGAGAGCAGAUCUAAAGUACAGACAGCAUCACACUUUACAGCAUUCACACCCACAUAAUGAGUCUAACUCUGUGAAAGUAUUGGAAGAGGUUGAGUCUGUGAAGAAACAAUUGAAAACUGUCUUUGAAAAACUUAACCUGGAGCAACAGAAAAUAGAAAAUGAUCUUUCAGACAGGAGUAUGAAAAUUCUAGACCAUUCUUCAGAAGAGAAAAUUAACCUGGUUAGUGAACUGCCUAAGGAAUUAGAAACUUUAGAAUGUCCAUAUCCUGAUUUGAAAUCUUCAAUUCUUAAUGAGUUCAGUAACUUUACAGAGAAAUAUCAAAAGAAACUUCAAGAGUUUGAUCUGCAGUUAGAAGAUAUAUACAGAAACUGCCAACUAAGUGAAGAAGACCACUGGAUUUACCAGGCUAUUGUGGAUCAGUACUCUGGAGAUCUAGUUGGCAGAAGGACUCUAUAUCUGGACAUGUUACAAAGAUAUUAUCCUCACAAAUCUAGGCAUGAUUUGGUUGAACAUGAGAAAUAUUGUGACCAAUAUCGCUUUGCUAGGGAGCAGCGAAGGAUCCUGCUAUCAAAUUGGAAUAAGAAUAGGAAAGACUUUACACAGAAGGCUGUGCUGACCCUCAUGGAGGCUUGUGCAACUCAUGAAAUGGAAAGCACAUUGGCUAAGGACAGGAAAAAGCAACAGGAAUUGUGUGCUGAUCUGAAAGCCAAGGUUAUUCAAUGGCGAGCCCACCAGGAAGAGGUAGCAAGACUGGAAAUGGAAAUUUCUUCCAGAAGAAGAGAAAAGGAAGAGGAGAAAAAGAAGCUGUGGAAAGAAAAGGAAUUGUUGCAAAGAGAGGAGAAGAAAAAAAAGAUAAGAAAAUACUGGGCUAAGAAAGAACAGAAGUGGCAGGAAAUGGAAAUGAGAGAUCUCCAGCGUCUAGAAGAACUGAAGAAAUUAAUGGCUGAACAGUCGGUAAAAGACAGAGAAAGGGUUAAAUAUAGACAAGAAUUACUGGAAAAGCGCUUGAUGGAGAAAAAAGAAGCGGCCCUUCAAGAAGAGCAUGAAGAUGGAGAGAGAGUGAGGCGGCUGGAAGCCCUUAGGAAACAGGUGGCUGUUGUCGCUCAAUUUGAUCCUGUUAGAAUGAUGUCAGACACAAUGGCAUCGAAAGCCAGAAUGGGCAUUGAAAUUGAAGAAGAAUUUAUUCUUCAAAAGCCACUCUUCACAUUGAAUACAUACAAUGAACAGCAGAUAAUUUCUGACCCCAGAAUUCGCUUUGAGUUAGCGCUUCGAAAAGCUGGACUUCAUAAAACAUUUUAUGCCAGAGAGAUGUUACCAAAAAUCAGUCCUCAAAAACUUCCAAGAAAGGACAUGGAAUCUUCUGUAUUUAAAAUGUAGAGCUCAUCCUCAAAAUUUGUAAACCAAUUUUUUUCUUUGAAAACAUUUAUAUGGAUAAAAAUUACUACUUUUGAAAAUUUUUUUAAGUAUCAGACAUAGAAAUUGUAGCAUCUAUUAAAACAACUUUGCCUUUC